AUGACUGAGGUUGUAACUGUAACACUGAAUAACGGGGCAAAGAUGCCUGUAGUAGGCUUUGGUUUGGCAGAAGAUAAUAUCAUGAUAGGCAAGGUGUCUGCACCAGUCGAUCAUAUUAAGGCCUCAGUGCUUUCAGCCAUUCAGGUUGGUUAUCGAACAUUUGAUACUGCAAGCAUUUACUUAACAGAACGUGCACUGGGAGAAUCUUUGAAGGAAGCCUUUGAGAGGGGCCUUGUAUCUCGCCAGGAAGUGUUUGUUUCCUCCAAGCUGUGGGGCACUGACUGCUAUCCUCAGGAUGUCAUUCCUAGUCUCAGAAAAAGCUUAGAGGCAUUGAAAUUAGAAUACUUGGAUUUGUAUCUGAUUCACUGGCCUCUAGCCCUAAGGAAGGGUGACAUGCAUCGUCUUCUAACAGCGGAUGAUGUUGUAGCAAUGGAUAUCCAAGGUUUUUGGCAGGCAAUGGAGAGUUGUAUUGAACUUGGUCUCGCCAGAGCAAUUGGAGUCAGUAACUUUUCCUCUAAGAAGAUUAACGAUAUUCUUGCGUUUGCAAAGAUACCUCCUGCUGUAAAUCAGGUUGAGAUGCAUCCUGUUUGGCAGCAGAAGAAAUUGAGGGAGUAUUGUAAGAGUGUGAACAUCCAUGUUUCCGCGUGGUCGCCAUUAGGAGGUCCAGGAAAUUCAUGGGGAACAAACAAUACAUUGGAUAAUCCUGUAAUUAAAGAGAUUGCGGCUAAACAAUCCAAAACUCCUGCUCAGCUGAUUGCUUACGUAGCAUUGCGUUGGGGAUUAGAAAAUGGCGUAAGUGUGAUAACGAGGAGUUUCAAACCCGUAAGGAUAUCACAGAACUUCCAAGUAUUUGAUUGGAAAUUGGACGAGGAAGACCACGAAAAGAUUGGUAACAUAACACAAGAACCAACACAUCUUGUGAGGAACAUGUUCGUGAAUCCAAUCAAUGGUCCUUUUAAAACUGCUGAGGAAUUAUGGGAUGACGAAAUCUAA